AUGCACGCCAAGUACGGCCCGGUCGUGCGCCUCUGGCUGAGCCCCGUGAGGCUGCUGAUAUCGGUGGAGGACCCGCAGCAGGUCCGCAACGUGCUCAUGCACGCGCGCGAGCGGUCGCCGUUGUACUGCCACGUGAUUGAAGCGUGUCUUGGGAAGGACUCGGCUUGCUUCUCUACCUUCAUUCAGCCCCGUGCGCGGCGGUCGUUUCUCGACUACCAUUGCCACACGACGCUCAAGUUCCAGGUGCACGAGGUGGCGUGCCGCGUGGCUGACGUCACUGCGCGCGAGUGGGGGACGCUCUCCGCGUCUGGCGGAGAGCUGGACGUGACGCAGGCGUGCAAGGACAUGGUCGUGGGCGUUUUAGGAGGCUCCUUAUUCGGCCCCGCGUUUCCUGACUCGGACCUGCGGGACCGCGUUGCCAGCGAUUUGGAGUUUUUCGCGCACUCGGUGCAGGAUUUCGCGAGCUUUAGCUUUCUCCCGGUGUGGCUGCCCGCGUACCAGAAGCUCAUGCGCGUGGCGGAGGACUAUAGGGGGGUGAUUCACCAGCUUGUAUCGGGUACGUUUGCUAAGGACGUGAAGCAGCAGAGGAGGGGGCACGGUGAGGAGGGGUCCGAGGAAGGAGGGGCAGGAGAAUCUGGUAGUGGCAGCGGUGAGGGGGAGGCCAAAGAGCCGGGGCCGCAGUUUCUUAUGUUUGGUGCGGGCGCGCGGUCGUGCGUGGGCCAGCGGCUGUCACUGAAGAUCAUCCGCGCUGCUGUCGCCAUCCUGCUGCACCGAUUCGAGUUCUCCAUGUCACCAGACAUGCCCAAGGAGUUUGACACGCGUCUCGAGUACAUGGUGCUGCACCUGCACCCCACGCCCCGCCUCAAGCUUGCUGUUCGCUCCUAG